UCCCGAUUUCGGACCCAAUUUCCACAGUUUCAAUUCCAAACCCCACACACAGCGUCGAAUCUUCUAACAUCCGUCAAAGUUUUCCUCAGAAAGCCCCACGCGAUCCCCUUUCUCCUCUCCUUCUUCCUCAUCCUCACAUGGAUUUCUCUUAGAUUCCAGCACCGUUAUGCCAAACCUUCUUUCCACCAAUCUUCGUACACCGCGAACGACAAAUUGGGCGGGUUUUUGAAGGAUUCUACUGCCAACGUUGUGAAAUUCUCCUCCUCUUCUUCUCUCGUGAUGAAGGAUAAACGUGGCUGGUUGAUUGAUCCCGUUUUACUUGCUUUGGAUGCUGGAAUUUCAGGAGGAGCAGUUUCUUGUGCUUCGAUUCAUGUCGGUGAGAUUCGACCUGGAAGUAUGAGGGGAAACCAUCGACACCAUACUUGCAACGAGACGUUUGUAGUAUGGGGAGCUAAAACUGUGUUGAGGCUGGAAAACAAUGCAGUGACAAGUGGAUACUCUGAGGUAACAGUUGGUGCCGAUGAAGUUGCGGUUGCAGCUAGUUCUAGUGGGUCCGCACAUGCUUUGCUGAAUAUAGAUUCUGCUCGAAGCACAUUUUUCUUAGGGUGCCAAGAUAGUGUAAUCAAUUACAAUGCAUCCACUACAGAUUUUAAUGUUUGGCAUGACCUAUAGUUUGUUACCAGUUUUCCUUUUUUUUUUUCGAUGUAGUUGUUUUAUGUCAAUAUACUUUCUUUAGUU